ACUUCCUCUGAAAAGGAAAAAAGAGAAAAAUUUCUCAGACUUUCUCUCAUUUUCCUUCACUUUCCUGGAAAAUGUCUAAAUCCAACAAAAUCCGUCACAUUGUGAGAAUCCAACAAAUGCUAAGGCGCUGGCGUAGGAAGGCGAGACUGACGGCUGCACGCGCCCCGUCCGAUGUUCCAUCUGGGCACGUAGCUGUCUGUGUAGGCGCGAGUUGCAAGAGGUUCAUCGUGCGCGCUACGUAUCUGAACCACCCUAUCUUCAAGAAACUGCUCGUACAAGCAGAAGAAGAGUACGGAUUCAAAAAUAUCGGGCCGUUAACGAUCCCUUGCGACGAGUCUCUUUUUGAGGAGAUUCUACGAGUCGUCUCCCAAUCUGAAUCGUCCAACUCGGGCCGGUUCUUGAAUCUCGAAGAGAUUCAGAGAUGCUGCCACGUUGGCAUGAGAAAUAAUCUUGAUUUCUUGGGCGAAUCAAGGCCGUUGCUCCAUGGUUAGCUAGUUUAAGUAACAGACUAAUUUUGUAUUUUUUUUUAAUAUAGUCUUUCUUUGUUUUAGGUUUUAAUUAGUAUUUUUUUAGUUUUUCCUUUUAUUGGAGAUGGCGAGUUGGGUUGGGGUUUUUUGGUGACCGAGUCAUC